AAUUGUCUUAAAACCUGUUGAAAUAUUAUAAUUAGCGUGCUAAUAUACACUGAAACACAUUUUUUAAUUGUUCUUGCUUUCCCCGCUACGCUGGCCGGCCAGAAGCUCUAACCCUUUCGUCUUCUAUCCCUCGUUUGUAUAUCGCUUUUGACCCCUUGCAUUCUAGAUGGACGCCGAUGCGGGAGAAGAAGACACAAAAUUCUCUAUCAAUAAAAAAAAACGCACAGUCUCAUUUGUGUUGGUCCCGCCUUUCAAAUGUAAAAAGUUCCUCCAGCAGCAAAAAUACUUGUCAGCCAAGAAACCAAGUGCCCCUUCUGUCAACCGAGCAGGUUCGCGGCUAGGAGCGCGUGCCGAGAAUCUCAGCUGGUCUGAAAGCGAAGAUGAAGCUUCUAGCGAAGACACUGCAGACUUAGCUCAGUCGUGCCCUGAGAGCGCCAAUUCUCACCACCCUUGGCGCGUUCUGGAUGACCGAGUCGAACAAGCUGCUGCCGGAUCAGACCAGCGCAAGGUUACGAGCGAAGAAGCACCAGCUCUGUCAGUGAAUGCUCAGUGCGCGCAGGAUAGCUUUUUGUCGAGCAUCGUCGAGCGAUCGUACCAAAGAAUGAAGGAUUGUCCGUCAUUUCAGUCCUCGGUGUUUUGGUCGAAGCUGUACGAAGCGGCGCAGCAGAAACCAGUCGAUUCACGGUUUAUUCCGAAACUCUUGCAUUCCACUAGGGAUAGCCUGAGAGUGAGUACGGUCAUCAACCUGUAUGCGACCGGAUUCAGCUUUGACGACCAAGAACAGGCGUACGCAUACGCCCGCAAUACGACUUCUAUUACCGACGCCGUCAAUCUCGGAACUCUCCCAGGUCAAGUCGACCACCUGCUGGUCCGCGCGCUUUCGGACAAGGCUCAAGCUCAAAAGAAGCCAAGUCAGGUGACCUUCUACGAAGGAGGCGUGAUCGUAGAAAUUCGCGACUACCGCGAGGGUCGAGCUAUUUAUGAUGAGGCCACACAAACGUUGCAACCCCACACCUUCAGGAUUUAUCUUAGGCCGGAGCUGCACAACCUCAUUCGAUACUUGGACUUGCAGAACGCCCAUUCGUCUAUAAAGGCUAUCGUCGAGCAGAGCUUGACUCUGGCCAUUCACCCCCACCUCUGUCUAGAUCCGUCUCCGGAGGUUCACUACAUCGCUUCAGCCAUCAAUUACAGAAUUCAAAAAUUCAACAUGCCCUUCAGACACUACAGCCAGUAUCGAAACCGACUGGUUCCCGCUCGAGAGACCCACCUUUUGCCGGGGGCGAGGGCAAAUAGUCAGAACUACCCCUACAGAGCCAAGGGCAGUCCGAUUUACUUCGUUCCGAUUUCCUCGACGACCAGUGGCGGGGGAAGAGCGGCCCAAGUGUUCGAACUGAGAAAGGCCAAAUCAGCACUCUCCGCAACGCUGCCAAUGCUGGAGACCGUAAGGUUGGCCAAUAAGAAAUCCCAAGUUUUCCAACACCUCAUGCAAAUCUCUUAUCAGCAACGGCCAAACUUCGAACAAAGUGCGCCGACGCAUUUGUACAGCGAAAAAAAGAGGCCAAAGCCCGAUUUGCCUCUAAACCCGACCAUGCACGAACCGGUCAAUCAAUACCCUCCGGUUGUAGGUCGUUGGCUAUUUACCAUACCGCGCUACACCUCCCAAAAGCACGUAAUUGAAGGGCGAGCGCCAACGCAGAUGGAGUGGGUGACGCUGAAAAUUUCCCUGAACCCGCAAUCGCUGGGAGAAUAUUACGCGUCCUUGCGAAUCGGCAACUCGAAGCCGUUUUCCUUCCAGAUAGGCAACUCGGCCGCAGCGCUGGUCUUCAUCGCCCAGUUCAAAAAGAUCGAACAGCUGGCUUCACCGGAGCAAACCAAAAGCCUGUCCGCGAAAACCAUGUCAAACACCCCAUUCCAAAUCAAGCUACAAGGCCAAGGCGGCAACGGCGGCACGAGCAAAAGCACCAUGUCACCCAACACCACCUCCCCCAAUGAGUCUACGAAUCGACAGUCCACCGUCAAUUACCACCCUCCCGGAAGCUCCGUGCAGACCGUCGACUACAAGCAAGGACAAAAUGCAAUAAGGACAGCGCCCCAAACCUGCGUGAGGACCAGCGAGAACAACAACAUGCUAAGGUCUUCCCCCUCUCCCGCAAACAACAGUCCCACGGACAUGAACAACUACAUGUUGAACCUAUCGUCUAUGCAGCGACCUCCCGAUCCCAACAGAAAAUAUGGCAAUUCAAUUAGUGGGACCUACGUCCCAGGGAUGAACAUGCCUAACGUAGCCAUUCAAAGAGAAGUACCGCUACCCACUAGCAUGGUAAAACAGCCUUCCUCGCCAAUGCUGCACGGGCACGUUCCAGUGCCCGGCGGAAACGCUAAAUACGUUUAUCCCGCGAGCGUCGUGGCAAAGCAAACGAACCCAUCUUCAUCAUCUUCGAACAACUAUGUCGCACCCUCACCGGCUAAUCGGCAUUAUAUCCCCCCCGAUACUCAGCGAAUCAGAAGCACAACACCCACGUUCAAAAUUUCUCCUAACCGAAUUGUACCGAAAAUGCCGAUCACUGCGCUCUCUUCUCCAAACGAACCUAAAACAGGCGUGCAAAAAAAACCGGGCUGAAGCCCCGUGUCGCCCUCCUACCGAACCCGAACCGCUAUCACCGUAACCGCAGCACUCCCAAGAAUUACGGACUACAGCACACCACUUCGCUCAGAAGCCGUCGCAUCUCUCCACUGCAGUCGUUCUCAAAAAUUCGCACGUCCAAGACAUGUCAAGCAGAAAGAGAGGAACACCACAGCGCUCCAACUCUGAAAAAGUGUAUGUAAAUAGUUUUUUUUACCUUGUAAAUACGACCGAAUCGGACGCGCGUUAUUGCCUCUCGGCACUUAAGAGGCCACAGCGUUGCAAGCUCUCUUAUCGGCGCUGGCAACUCCCCUACUCUGCUGUCGUUCUCUACCACUCUCCGAAAAUAAAAAUGUAUGCCGCCCUGUGUGUGCAUCAAUUUCGAACCAA